AUGGCGGAAUACGAACAGUUGCUCGAGCAGAGCAUCUGGGAUAUAACACGGGACCAUGUGACCUUUCCAGAUCCCAGACAAAUUAAGUUAUCAUAUGAACGAGCACGCACGAUAUGCCGACACAGUGGUAUGACAGUAGAUGACAUUCUGAACUUGAGGCCUAGGUUCUGGGAGUUCCACCGUCACUUUGUUACAACUAAGGACUAUUCGGUAACAACCACGCUCGCUAUACACUGGAACCUCUGUAUAGGAACCAUUGCCAAGUUUGCCCAUGGUCGAAAAGAUCUCCAACCUUUACUCCAAGAUCUGCUGAGCUUUAAUGUGUGCGGCGAGUAUCUUCUCACGGAGAUCGGCCACGGCCUUGACGCGCGUAAUCUAGAGACGACGGCAACAUUGAAACCAGAUGGCUCAUUCGAGCUUCACACCCCUAAUAAGGCUGCCGCUAAGGCUAUGCCACCGACUACACCAUGGGCUGGUGUGCCUCGGGUUGGGGUGGUAUUUGCGAGGCUCCUCUCCAAUGAUGUCGAUUGCGGCGUCAAGCCGUUCAUUGUCAAACUCUGUGACGCAACCCAGAUGUGUCCCGGGGUUAUCUCCCGUCCCCUUCCAGUUCGCAACGGUGCACGAGCGCUGGAUCAUUCAAUCACGACAUUCAACCAUGUCCAGUUGCCUCCGGGCUCGCUGCUCGGACCAGCGGAGCUGGCAUCUAAGCCGCGCAUUGAUUUCCUUACGCAAAUCUGGAGAGUCUCCGUCGGGACCCUGUCUCUUUCUCUGCUAAACAUUCCUGCUCUUCGCCAAAGCGCCUUCAUCGCCGGUACCUAUAGUAUUCGUCGGCAUGUGGGCUCUAACGUCGGCAGUGUGACAGUGCCUAUAAUCAGCUUCGCAACACAGUACAGGCCAGUCUUGGCGGCGCUUGUUCAAGCCUCCGCGUUCGAUGCUUUCGCAGACGAUGCCAUCAAGACCUUUUGUGAUGAUUCUCUCGCCCUGCAAGUCCGCCACGCUGUAGCUUCUUGUUUCAAGGCCACCGUCACGCUAGGAACCCAAACCACGCUCACUGAACUUGCGGAUCGCUGUGGAUGGCAAGGGUUGUUCGCGUAUAAUCGCAUCAUUGAAUCGGCGCAAUCCCUGCGGGGAAAUUCUAUCGCCGAGGGUGAUUAUACCGUCCUGUGCAUACGCCUCGUGUCUGAGGUGCUACUUGGUCGUUACAAGCUCCCAGAGUCAAAGAUGAAAGACUGCCGUCUCGCGAAGCAUGAAGCUGGGGUCUGGCGAGAGGCCCAGGAGAUGAUGACCUCGUUAGUUGUCAAUGGACAUCGCGACGACGCUUACAACACCUACAUAUUACCCCGCUCCCGCGCCCUCGUCGAGGCUACAGGUCAUAGAAUGGCCUAUGAAGCGGCGUUUACGGGAGGAAAAUGUACACCAGAAGUGCUAGCUCUCUUUGAGUCCAUAUGCGUCAUGUCCGACUUGAGUUGGUACUGCGAGUACGAAGAAGUUAGUAGAAAAGUUCUUCUUUCCGAAGAUGCCAGGGCUGCCGAAGCUCUGUUGCCCCAACUCGUGACCCUCUUGCAGGAGACCAAGGCGCAGCCGUGGACUACAGCCCCUAUUUUGGAAGAAAAGAAGUGGGAUGAAUUUCUUCGAAUUCUGCCAGCUUUUCAACAUGCCGCAAGGGAUCUAGAAAAGGCAAGUCUCUAGGUAGUUUUACUAAGACGGUCUUAAAAUUCUUCAAUAUUUACGAUAUUCAUCCGUCUUAGAUUCAUUCCACGCUUAGUGAUAUAGACUACUAUAUUUCAUUGAAC